AUGCCCUCCCUCCAUUCCCACUCUUCCACGACCCACGACAAGAAACCACACCACUUCCACCGACCCCCGCCACCCACACACCUCACCCCCCUCCAGAAACACCUCAUCGCCGCCUCGGGCGAAUUCGUCGGCACCUUCCUGUUCCUGUACUUUGCGUACGCGGCCAACGUGAUGCUCGCGACGCAGGCGGGCGAGCGAUCGAUCGCCAACGGGGGCACGAGCGACCAGACGAACAUCUUCCUGGCGCUCGUGUAUGGGUUCAGUUUGUUGGUGAAUGUGUGGGCGUUUUAUCGGAUUAGUGGGGGGUUGUUGAAUCCCGCAGUAACACUCGGCAUGGUCCUCGCCGGCACCCUCCCCGCCCUCCGCGCCCUCUUCCUCUUCCCCGCCCAGCUCCUCGCCAGCAUGGUCGCCGGCGGCCUCGUCUCGUGCAUGUUCCCGGGGAACAUUGGCGCCGCCAACACGCGGCUCGGGUCCGGGACGAGCGUCGCCCAGGGCCUGUUCAUCGAGAUGUUCAUGACGGCCUUGUUGGUGUUUGUCGUGCUCAUGCUCGCGGCCGAGAAGAGCAAGGACACGUUCAUUGCGCCCGUGGGGAUUGGGUUGGCGCUGUUUGUGGCCAUGAUGGCGGGAGUCAACUACACAGGCGGCUCGCUCAACCCGGCCCGCUCCUUCGGCUGCGCCGUCGCGGCCGCCAGUUUCCCCAGCCACCACUGGAUCUACUGGCUCGGGCCGUUUCUGGGAGGCGCGCUGGCGGCGGCGUAUUUCCGGUUCGUCAAGUGGACGCAUUACGAGGAGGUGAAUCCGGGGCAGGAUGAGGAGAGGGGGGAGGAGGAGGGGAGGAGAGGUGAAGUAUGA